AUGGCAUGGUGCCCUUCUGGAGCUUAUGAACCUCCACAAAAAAUAGGAUUGUUGGCUUUAAGUACAUCUUGUGGAGAUUGUCCUGUAUUUGCUAUGCCUUUUAUGGAUGAUAUCUCAGAAAUGUUUUACAUUUACAAAGCCAAGCAUAUAAUAGCAAGAAAUUUUGAAUGUGAAUGGAUUGAAGGUGGUAUACAAUGUACAAAAGUUUGUUGGCAGCCAGUUUCACCAUUCAAAACUCUUAUUUGUGGAUAUUCAAAUGGUGUUGUGAGUGUGUUCCAUAUAAAUUUCAAAUCAAUAUUCUUAAUUAAUGAUAUACUUUAUCCAAGUCAUACUUUCAUAGCAAGUAGAAGUUGUAUAACUGGUCUUUCUAUGAAUUAUUUUAAUAUUUCAAUAUUGGCUACUUCGGCAACUGAUGGUAAUGUAACUCUAUGGGAUUUGAAGUCUACUGAAAACCCUAUCUUUCAAAAGAAAUCUCAUUGUCCAUCUGAUUGUACUUGGCUUCAGCAGUGUUACACAUUGGUGUAUUGUAGUAAAGUUGUGAAUCCCGUAUUCUCAAAAGUUCGGACUAUUAAUUUUUCAAAUUGUGACGAUGAUCUUGAUGGUUAUAAUCCCGAGUUAUAUGUUCUAAAAAGUGUAAUUGAUAGAAAUAAAAUACUCGGUAACUGUGAUGAAGUAAAGAACGAUGAAAAAAUAAAUUGUGAUGACACUGAUGAAAACAAAACUCUUAAUGAAUCCAAUAUAAGUGGUGAUGGCGAAUCAUAUAAAUCUGAUGAUUCAAGUGCAAAUAGUGAUCAAGAUAAAUCAUAUAAUGCAGGAAAAUCUGGAGAUUUACUAAAAAACAUUGAUGAGGAAGAUUUUUAUGGUCCUGCUUUUUAUCAAAAGAGUACUCAUUGGUCUGUAUCUACUUCGGAUUGGACGAAUGUCAUAGCUACUGGAAACGAAAAUGGAGUUAUUUAUGAAAAGCUGUUUCUAUCAGAAACCAAUAAUAUAGGAAAAGGAAACUCAACAGUACUUCAAUUGAUGGUAAGACAAUUAUUAUCAAAUGAUAAUACUCAAUCAGAGUAUUCUGAUGGUUACCGUUUUAAUGAAACAGUUAAAAAAUUUGGACUUGAAUCUAAUCUUUUUUUUUUAAAUGAAAAGGAAUCGAAAGACCAAGAUGACAGCAAACCUUUGUUAAGAUAUCCUCUUGAUAAUAUAACUAAGGUAUCUUGGAACCAGAAUUUUAAUUCUUUUCGUUGGUUGGCGAUUGGAACUCAAAGUGGUUUUACUCUUAUUUCACCAUCUCAAGCAAUACCUGAUAGUAGUAUAGAUUCAUUUUAUAAAACAAUUUAUGCCUCUAUAGAUAAUUUUGAUAAUAUGACUGAUAUUUCUAUAUAA